UUGUCUUCAAUUUACAAAUGCUUUGUUGCAAAAUCUACCUUCCAUUUACACUACACUUCUUCCAUAGUGUGUACAUGAAACCAAACAUAUCCUCUUUCAUCGGAAUAAUCUAAGUUUUUCGCACAGUUAAUAUAACAUAUCUGAGAGAGAAAAGAAUGUCUUCUUCCACUGUUAUUCACAAUUUUCCUUCUGUAGCUUCUUGCUUUCCAAAUUGCCGCCAUAACCGAACCUUGGUUCCUACCCAUCAUCAUUUUCAUUCACCCAAUUCCCUUUUGAGGUUAAAGACGCAACCUUUCCGCUCAAACACUCGCUUCAGGAGUUCCAGAACCCAGAAACCUCGCUCCAGUUUUGUAGUCUUCGCAGCACAAUCGAAUUUUUUAAAAGUUCUGGAGAAUGUAUGGAAAGUUGGUAAAGAUGGAAUUGAGGCAGGCACUAAUCUGGUUCCUAACUCUGUACCGAGGCCAAUAGCAAGGAUUUCAGUAACUAUUGUGGCUUUGAGUGUUACUCUUUUUGUACUCAAGGCAUUCCUCUCUACAGCUUUCUUUAUAUUGGCCACCAUAGGACUUUCAUACUUUGCAUACCUAGCAUUCAACAAAGAUCGAGGUUCAAGCGGGAACGGAGGAACUACCUCUACUCCUAUGGAUGAUCCUGUAGAAGAAGCUAGAAAGAUAAUGGAGAAAUACAAGUAGCAGCCUCAGAGUAAGGUAUUUUGAACCACUCAAAUUCUGCAUUAUAAUUUGUUCAAUGUAAAGCUGUGAUCCUGUGAUUAAUAGUUUAUUAAGUUAGGAAAUUUGGUGGAGUGGAAUUGUCAUCAUUUACGUCAUUUUCCAUUUCUAGAUCAUAUUAUAGCCUUUAACACAGCCUCGAUGCAAACAUUUUCCAUUGCAUAGAUGUUAGUUAAAGCAUGUUUGGAUUUGCUUA